CAGUACUUUGACGACCCAAAAACAACUAGUGCAUAGUGCAUUCGGUAUUGGUGGUAGUGGUUCGAAUAUGGAUUACGGUCAAAGUGUAUUAGUGUCCGACAUUGUUUCUAAAACUUAAAUUAUUGUAAAAUGUUGCAAGGUUCUAAAUUUUUUAAGCCCCUACGCUGUCUAGGACUAAUUUCUUCUUCCUAAAUUGAUAUUUUACGGAUAUGUGAAUGUCGAAUCAAAAUUAAUGUUUUGUCUAAAAUCAUAAACUAAGAAGGGUAAUUAACCCCGUAUCGUUUCAAGUUAUAAUUUUUAUUUGUUAUUUUAAUUUUUAUUUCAUAAAUAAUUAAACCUCACUAUAUUUUUACGGACUCUUUUAUGUAACAGUUUCGAGUACUAGUUUUUCCAUCAGGCUACUAAUAUUGACUAAUAUUUUAUCACAAAAGUAACCGCUUUUAUUCCUUUUUGGGGUAGUUUUAUCCUUUGUAGGUUUUUUCGUUUUUUUCUUUGUAAUAUUUUAUUUGUCCAAAAUGUUGAACGAGUGGUUAAAUUACAUUUGGGUGAUGCUGUGCAGCGUCUUUUAUCGGACUACUGCAAGAUCUCUCACAGAGGGCACAAGUAAACUUGAUAACUUGAUUGUUGCGUCUCUGGUAAUUUUUAAUGAAAUUAAAAGAAGAAGAAAAGAAAACCAGGAUCACAAAUCAAAUUCUUCCAACGUAACUAUAGUAGAGCUGCCAGAUAGUUCAAUGUCAAUGGAGGAGACUUCUCUCGUUCCUGUGGACAAUCAAGGACAGGUUGUUGUCGAUACGAGGGGUGGAAGGGUUUUAAAAGCCGAAGAAGAGUCAACAGAAGAACAUACCACUUCAGAAGUGACUAAGCAGUCGAAGACCGAACAGUAUGCCGAACAAUCGGAAGAGAAACAAUUGAACGCGACAGCUAAAAUUGUCCAGGAACACGGAUCGACUGAAAAGACCAUGGACAGGAACAAAAAAGUGACCCAGUCAGUUUCUGAAAAACUUGAAGGGAAUAAAAAGGACAUGUCAGAGUUUCAAGUUUAUCAAGGGAACAACUCCAUCAGUCUUCCUCCCUAUCAGUCACAAUUGAUUCACUUUGAACCGCUUCGGCCAUACGAAGGGAAGAACUUCAAUGCAUCUAUCAAACCAUUCGAACCACUUAGUCCAUUUGAACCACCAAAAAGUUUUGAACUCGCUAAACAGAUAGACAAUUCAUUGAAAUCAGAAAAGAAUCCACCGAUACUAAAGGAUGAAAAUUAUUCACCACCAUAUUCCUAUACAAAUGAUAAUGUUGUUAGAAGAAGUAACUUCCAAUCAAAACCACCGGUUCCCGAAACAAUAAGAGAUCAACCUAACCGUAAAACAAAUACGAACAGUAAUUAUGGUAUUCUAACGCAAUCAAUGUAUGAACCAAUUACAAAAGUAAAUGUUGAUAAGAGUUUUAGUGACGUAGACACAGUGAAAUCGUUACGCAGGUAUAGCGAUCCUUCGUCGUUUGCUCAAAAUCGUGAACAGUCAAUAUUGGAAGCGAGGAAGUUCAAUGACACGCCGAAACCUUAUAUUUCACCCUUUCAAAGAACUGACACCCUCGAUGAGGUGGUUACGACAGAACGAAAUGACAAUGAAGAGGACAAAGGUUAUACUGAAAUAAAAUUGUUUGAAACACCAAAAGUAAUUCCUCGAAGACAGGAUGAUACAGAUAAGGCCGAAAUAAAGGAGGAGAAAAUAAAGAAUACUCUGAAAGAAAUCAUUUCGGAAAUUGAUACGUAUGCCGAAAAAGAUACAGAACUGAAAGAGAGUUUAAAAGCGGAAGACAAAAAGGAUGAAAGUAUUGAUAAUGGUAAUGGAUUUAACUAUGAGGAAUUUGUACGAAGAUUUUCAGAAUCAUAUAAAAACGAGACCCCUAUUAUUACGAAUAAUAACACAUGGGUAGCUCGUUUACCGUCAUGUCUACCUUCAGAUACCAGACCAAAAUCUCUGCCUCCGGAUGCCUUUGCGAGCCUAACCAGCACCAGUAAUUUUGAAGAGGCGAUUUCUAACACGGAAUAUAAGCUUUCGGAUGAUAACCAACUUCCAUUCCAGGAAAGGAAAACGCAACCGACUGAAAAGAACGGAUUUUCAUCCCUCCCGGCGCUUCCACCACAACUGCUUAGUGAGAUAAAAGGUCAACAAGAAGAUGCGGAUGAAGCUGAAAGAAAACCAGUCAAUUUUGACAAGAUUUUCCAACCCGUUGAAAAUGCUCCACAAAUUAAACCGAAAAAACCAGGUAAAGUUUUUGCCUCGUCAGCAUUCUAUGCAAAAGGACUUCAUCCAACUAUGGAAGAGCAAGUCGAACUGGCACGAAGGAUUUCGAGUUCUUUGACUGACAGCAGUAACAGGUCCAGCAAAGGACAAUCGAUGUAUGUCAACAGGAAAAAACGUUCAGUUAAAUGGGUACACGAAGGUGAAGGGCAAUCUAUUAAUGGUACAGAAAAUGGAUAUGGAGCAGACAUCGGUGGAAGCGAUGAAAAUAAACCACUGCUUAAAUUGGUUAUGAACCCAAGAGGAAAAGUUCAUGACAUAAAUUCAUUAAGAAAACAAGGAUACAAUAUCGAACCAGCGUUGUUAUCACCUGAAAUUUGUCAAGAAAUUGUAAGAGAUCUUAACGCGCCUAAAGGGAAAGGAGCCGAACUAUUUGCAAAACGUCGUAAACGAUCAGAGAAGUGGGUGGUUGGAGAAACCGAAGGAACAAACACAGCUGUCCCAAAAGACAUAAUAACUCCACCACCGCGUCCUCUCACAAAUCCACUGACACCUAUCAACAAUUUACCAACACCUACCUACACACCAGAAUCUGCACAAAGGGCACAACACAAUCAAGAACUUGACAAGAUUCAAGAAAGGUUUAUUCGUCCAAAAAUAAAACUGGUAAAAUCGCCCUGGGAGGCAGCUUUAGAAACAGGCUCCGUGGACGCAGCUUUCGUUGAGGAACCCGUCUGGCCUACCAAAGGUAACAUCGUGGCUCCGACGGUCGAUUCCUACGAGCAAGCUUUGAAAGCUAACGCUCUGGAGACAUGGAAAGGUGCACCACGUUCUGAGAUGCAUUCGAACAGAAGUUACACGCCAAAUCCCGCCUACAAUAGCACCAGCAUCAACAAACUGGUUGACAAUUACCAAAAAGGAGUCAGUAACGUUGACGUUUACAAACCCAAAUUGCCUCAAGCUUGGAACGCAAAAGGACCCGGACAAACUCAACAAUUUAGAAGUGUUAGUCCAGCUUUCGCUGCAGACGCUGCUAAACAGGAAGAAGUAAGACCAACAUCUCCUUUCCCAACUAUUCCCGACAUAUCUGCUGAUCCCAGCAUAAUCUUAGAUGCCAUUUUAGACAUAAAAUCCAAUAAACCUGUUUCCCCUUUACCAACAAGGCCGGUAUCUCCGAUUCCUGAAACAAAAAACGAAGCUGAAGUUGAAACAACAAAAGCUUCUACUGAAAAUACUGACGAAUCAGUAAAAUUUGUGUCUCCAGUACCUAAUAUUAUAAUUGAAGAUGAGGAAGAAAUUGAAACAAUUAAAACGGAAACAUCAAGUGUACCAUUUCCAUCCAUACCUGACGUUAAACAAAAUACAGAUGUAAUAGAGUCUGAUGUUGAUCUUCUUAAAAAAGAAUUUUCUGAAGAUGGCGGGGAAGUUACGAAAGUAGAGAGAAAAGUGAAAUUUGUAGAACCAACUAACUCACCUCCAGAAACAUUUUUAAAAGAGAGAAGUCCUUCGCCGUUCCCUGAAAUACCAGACGUAUCCCAAACCCCAGAGAUAUUCGAAAAACCUCGCAAUUUUCCUCCACCAAAACCUGUACGAAAAUAUGCCCCAGUUUCUAUGAAAAAAAAGUAUCCACUGCCUACUAGUGAGCCAAAGCGAGAGCCAUAUUUACCAAAAUUUAAUCCAACAGAAGAUCUAGCACUUGCAGACAUAGACAAAAAGGUUGUAGAAAGGACUUAUUCUGAUACAACAGCGUCUUCGCUUCACACUCUUGCCUCGGAAAUAUUUACAAGUAAAGGACAUUUCGAUGCAAGGUCUUGCUCUCCAUCAGUUUCCGUAUUUGUACCAAAAGAAUCUCCAGAAGAAAUUGUUAAGGAAUCAGAAUCGUCCCAGACUGUAAUGGUAAUAAAAAAUCAAGAAGAGGAAGAUCGUCAAAAAAUCGAAAUUCCUCGUCAUUUAAAAAAUCAACCCCUCCUAAAAAUUCAACACCGCUGUUUCGAGGAACUUCAGGAUAUUAAGGACUGUUACGCUGAAGCUGGCAGGAACAAAGCUGUGUACUGCACAGGAAAAGUGACUCCAAUAGUUGUCGACGAGGAUGAAAUGUCUCAAAUAUUACAACGAAUGAAGAGAGCGCAGGAGGGGUUUUGCGAAGAAUCAGACAAAGAAGUUGCAGCUUUUGAAAAUUCUAAAGUCCAAUACACAAACGAAGAAAACGACCCUCAAACUACGGACUCUUUUAACGUGUCCAUUCCUGAAUUAAAUUACUCUCAAAAUGAAAUAGAACUUCAAUCCGACUUGAGAGACUAUCCUUAUCAUUCACCACUGACUUCCACACACAAUGCAGAAUUAAUUGAAACACAAACGUCUAAUGGACAAGAGAAGGAGAAGGAAGCAUCUCUUACAAACAAUAACCAGGAUGACCUCGAAGACUUAAACAGUGUUACGGCAAAAUCGCAAUAUUUUUCAGGCAAAACUGUUACAUUUAACGAAGGGGAAAUAAUUGAUGAUGCUCCAGUAAUCCAAUUCAAGGAAAGUACGAAUCUAGAACAAACCAUGCUCAAAACAGCAGCCACUGACUACCGAUCCCGUCUUCAUGAAGCAGUUGAAGAACCUCCUAGACCACCAAAGAAGGACAUCCGUUCGGAAAUACAAAAAGAAUUAGCUAAUUCUUCCAUUAACAACAAUUUCGAAACAGUUGAAGAACCAACGUGUAAAAAAAGGCCCGAUACUGUCAUCGGAGCUAGACCAUUAUUUGGACAAUUGAGUAUAAACGAAGAAUUCAAGAAAGCGCUUAUAGGAAGAAAAUCAUCUCAAAGAAAGAAGACGUUUCAACAAGCAACCGAAAGAACAAAACCAGCCAUUAAGACAGAACGUUCAGAAGAAGAAGCCGAGCAAUUGGCACUAGACAAUGUUCAAAUAAAUUCACAAUCCAAAACCAAAGAGGUCGCGGAAGUACGAAAGAUUGCUCAAACGCUAAAUGAUGAAAUCGAAAAAAUCACAUAUCAACGCGAUAGGCAAUUUGAAGUCGACAUUCAGCAAGUGCAAGAAGAACUGGUGAUGCCCGACGGUAAAGUAAUUCCGUUGAGCAACAAGGUGAUCAUUGGACCCAAUGCAGAAGAGAUAUUGAACUAUUUUGAGCCUCAAUCAAGGGACUAUACGAACUCCACAGAGCAAGCCAUUCAGAAAUAUAUGAAUUCACAAAAUUGUAACGACGAGUCAAUAUCCCAUCACAACGGGACUUCUGAAGGAGACCAAACUGACGAAGAAUACACCAAAGUGCCAGUUAAGUCACUAAUACAAAAUUUCGAACAAAACAUUUUACCUCCGAUGCAUUACAAACAAGUACGGAAAUCCUUUUCAAUACCAAAUUUUUCGGACGAAAAAAGUUCUAAAGAAAUCAAAACUGUUGAGCGUUGUUCUAAAACGGAAAAUGGCCAGGGAACGCACCAACUACACACAAAAUCGACUGAAAUAGCUCACAAGGAUCAGUUUUUGAGACAAGCCGAACAAGAAUUUGAAAACCUAUAUUACGUCUCGAAUGCCUACGGGAAUUCUAAGUCAUCGUCAAAUAAUUAUCAUCAAAUUCAAGGAUUCCAGCAAUCGGCAAACAGUUCGUUUUGUAAAUACUCAGGAGAAGUGGCCCACACUCAAGAAUCCUCCAUCACCCAGUCUCAAAUGUCCUAUCAAAUACCGCUUUAUGGCAAUAAUGAACAGCUUUGCAUAGAAGGCAAGCAAUGCUUUGCUCCAACAGCCCAUACACUUCCGAGACAAAACCCCAAGCCUGGCAUGGUCCAAACCCCCAGCUACAAGGUAGAAACGCCGCCCUCGGUUUUCAUACCCAAAGAAACCGAUUUUCCACCCCCUGACUUUCAAAAUCACCAAAACAUAUCAACCCCUGUUUCAGGACCCGUGAGUCCAAGAGUAGAUUUAAACAGUCUAAACAAUUACAAUAGCAUACCGAGGGGUUGGGGUAAAGGCAACUAUAAUUACGGUAGAACACCGCCCGUUUCAGACUUUUAAAAAUCUUCGACCAUUUUAUUACUUACUACUUUUACUUUUUUGAUAAGCACUUGAUUAAAGGCUUAAUUUAAAUGCACCACCCUGUUUUGAUUUUUCUUUAAUCAACAUUUUAUGAUAAACAAACAAAUAAAUAAAUAGAUAUAUGGAUAUCCGUUUAAAACAACAAUAGAUAUACCUAAUAAGUUUAAAAUAAAUUCGUUGGUAACAAUAGAUAAUACCUCUAUCAUAAAUAAAUGUUUUUCUUUAGUUUUCUUUUUCAAAAGUUGCUCAUGAAUUGUUAGAAACUGUUAUUAAUUAAGUAUCUAUAGAAUUGUUGUGAAUAUUGUAUUAUAUUUUAACUCUUAUUACUACUAAAGUGUAUAUGUAUUGUCAGUGAAAUUAAUAAUUUUAUUAGUCAGUAAAUAAACGGCGACUCCCUUA